GGGGAAGUGGAAGAAGUUCGGGAACAAGUCACUGUUACUCAGGAGGUUACCAAAGAAGGAAAACCGAAAAAGACAACCAAGAAGAAGGUAAUCAAACGCAAGGGCAAAGAGCAACAGGUAACUGAAAUAGUUACAGUUGAAGAACAGGGUAAGAGACCGGUGACAACUGUGACAGAAGGUCCUGUUGAAGAAGUAGUCGAUGAAGUAGUGAAACCACUUCCUGCACCAGAAUAUGUCAAACCAUCAGAAGUUGAAGAAGUCCGUGAACAAGUUACAGUAACACAAGAAAUCACCAGGGAAGGCAAACCAAAGAAAACAACUAAGAAAAAAAUUAUCAAGCGUAAAGGAAAGGAACAGCAAGUUACGGAGAUCCUUACAGUUGAAGAGCAAGGUAAAGUACCUGUUACAACUGUAACAGAAGGACCCGUGGAAGAGGUUGUCGAGGAUGUGAUGAAACCACUGCCUACUCCAGAAUUUGUCAAACCAUCUGAAGUGGAGGAGGUUCGUGAACAAGUGACGGUUACUGAAGAAGUAACCAGAGAAGGCAAGCCAAAGAAGGUUACCAAAAAGAAAGUGAUCAAGCGCAAAGGAAAAGAACAGCAGGUAACUGAAGUAGUUACCGUAGAAGAACAAGGAAAAGCACCGGUUACUACUGUCACUGAAGGACCAGUGGAAGAACUAGUGGAAGAAAUAAUUAAACCGUUGCCUGCGCCAGAACGUAUCAAACCAACUGAAGUAGAAGAGGUACGAGAACAAGUUACUGUCACUGAGGAAGUUACUAAGGAAGGCAAACCAAAGAAGACUGUCAAGAAGAAGAUAAUUAAACGCAAGGGUAAAGACCAACAAGUUACUGAAGUAGUCACCGUUGAGGAACAAGGCAAAGCUCCUGUUACAACCGUGACUGAAGGUCCUCUGGAAGAAGUAGUUGACGAGGCAGUGAAAUCUCUGCCAGUGCCAGAAUAUGCCAAACCUGGAGAAGUGGAAGAAGUUCGAGAACAGGUCACUGUUACUCAGGAAAUCACCAAAGAAGGCAAACCAAAGAAGACCACCAAGAAGAAGGUUAUUAAGCGCAAGGGUAAAGAACAACAAGUCACUGAAAUAGUGACAGUCGAGGAACAGGGUAAGAGACCUGUUACAACUGUCACUGAAGGUCCCACAGAAGAAGUAGUUGACGAAGUAGUUAAGCCUCUUCCAAUGCUAGAAUAUGUCCAACCUUCUGAAGUCGAAGAAGUUCGUGAACAGGUCACAGUUACCGAAGAGAUUACUAAAGAAGGUAAACCCAAGAAGACAACCAAGAAGAAGGUAAUCAAACGCAAGGGUAAGGAACAACAAGUGACUGAAGUAGUCACAGUUGAAGAACAAGGUAAGAGACCUGUGACGACUGUGACUGAAGGCCCAAUAGAAGAAGUAGUUGACGAA